AUGGCCUCCACACGCGCUUUCACCCGUCUGGCUACCCGGAGAAUUGCCGUACGGCCGGCAGUUUUCUCCCGCGGCUUCGCCUCCGUAAACGACGUUCACGCCCGCGAGCCCAUCUCCAAGACCGCCGAAAAGAUUGUACCCAAUGCGUCGCGAUCGCCCAUCCCAGAGAGCAAGACAUCGACGAUUGAGGACCCCGAGGCCAGCGCAGAUGCGAAGACCAAGACCUUCCACAUCUACCGAUGGAACCCAGAUGAGCCGACCUCCAAGCCCAAGAUGCAGUCGUACACGCUCGACCUGAACAAGACCGGACCCAUGAUGCUGGAUGCGCUCAUCAGGAUCAAGAACGAGGUGGACCCCACCCUGACGUUCAGGCGGAGUUGUCGCGAGGGUAUUUGCGGAAGUUGUGCCAUGAACAUUGACGGAGUCAACACCCUGGCAUGUCUCUGCCGUAUUCCCACCGACACAACCAAGGAAUCUCGCAUCUACCCGCUCCCCCACAUGUACGUUGUCAAGGACCUCGUACCGGACAUGACGCUCUUCUACAAGCAAUACCGAUCGGUCAAGCCAUACCUGCAGCGCGACACCGCCGCACCAGACGGUCGUGAGUUCCGUCAAUCCAAGGAAGACCGCAAGAAGCUCGACGGACUCUACGAAUGCAUUCUGUGCGCUUGCUGCUCGACUUCGUGCCCGUCUUACUGGUGGAACCAGGAGGAGUACCUCGGCCCCGCUGUUCUUCUCCAGUCCUACCGAUGGAUCGCCGACUCGCGAGACGAGAAGAAGGCCGAGCGCCAGGACGCCCUCAACAACAGCAUGAGCUUGUACCGAUGCCACACCAUUCUCAACUGCUCAAGGACGUGCCCCAAGGGACUUAACCCUGCGCUAGCCAUUGCCGAGAUCAAGAAGAGCAUGGCUUUCACAUAG